AUGAAUUAAAGAUAAUAUGAAAUAACUCGUAUUCCUAGCAAUCUGAAAGCUUUGUCUAACUUUACAAAUUGGAUUUGUGUUGGAUAGUUAAUAGAAGAGGCAAUGCUUGUAGGAUUAAUAGAGUAUCAUAUUAAAGUCAACUAAGUUUAGAUAAUCUAAUCAUAAAUACUUGGGUCUAAUUAAUAAAAUUAGGCAAUGUAAAAAAUUAAUACAUUACUCAAUAAUUCUAAAAACAAGCCUAAUAGAUUUAAAUCAUUUAUAGAAGAAGUCAAAAUAUAAGAUCCUUAUGGUUAAUGGUUUAAAGAUGUAAUUAAAUCAUAUUUCAGAUAUAAUUUCAAAACAUGCCCUUCAGAUUAGUUUAAGUUUUUAAGCGACACUUUUAAGGUCUAGUUUAUUGUAAUUGAACAACCAAAUUCGAAUUCAUAAUAGUUAUAUGGUAUAGAAACUUAUGGAGGAAUUAAUAAAAUCAUUUUAUACAAAUAUCAAGAAAAAUACUACCUUAUCUUGACACAAAUUGAAAAAAAAUGCCAUUUAUGCAAAAAUAAAAUCAAUUUAAUUGAUUUAAAAUGUUAACAUUAAAUGUGUUAUAAUUGUAUUUAGAAACAAUUUGAGCAAUCAAAAUCAGUAUAAUAUAUUAAAUGUAAUCUCCUUGGAUGUACAGAAUACAUAUAUAAAUCAUUCUAUUUGAAUCUCUAAAAAGAAUAUUAAUAAAAUCUUUGUAUUUAAUGUCAUCAAAUUGUUCCAAUAAAUCAUCAAACCUGUUAGAGUUGCAAGGAAUAAAAUGAAAAAUAAUUACAAGAAACUUAUAUUGAAUAAAAAUAAUCUAAUGCUGAAUAAGUUGAAUAAUAAUAGAAUUAGACUUAAUAGAAUUAAAUAGAUCAGGAAUAAGAUAAAAAAUAAGAUAUUACCUAAUCUAGUAUUUAGAAUAAAAAUAAUAAUGUAUAAAUGGAAAUAGAAUAUGAUACAUAGAAUGCUAUAUAGAAAUGUGCUCAUUGUAAAAAAGGUUUUGAAUAGAAUUAAGUUAUCUAAACUCCAUGUUAACAUUAUUAUUGCAAAGAAUGCGCUUUAAAAUAGUGUGAAUUUCGAAAUUAAUUUAUCUGUUUAUAAUGUGGAUAUUAUAUUUAAGUAGAUUAUGUAAAAUUGGCAUUAGUAAUGCUGUAAAUGCAAAGAAAGUUGAUUAAUGAAAGCCUUUUAUUUCAAAAUUAAUGUUUUCAUUACAUUUGUGCCUCUUGUCUAGAAGAUUUGGCUUCAAAAUAAACUUAUUUGAGAUGUCCUAAUCUUAAGUGUGGUAAGGGCAUUAUUAUUAAUGAUGCAGAUCUUUACUUAGAUAGAAUAUUAACUUUGAAAAUUCAAUAAACAGAAUAAGAAUCAUAAGUUAAUUAGAUAGAAUCAAAGAAAGAAUAAAAUUAAUAAAUAGGUUAGUAACAACAUUAGCAAAGUAAUAUCCAAGCUUAAAUGGUUUAAAACGAUAAGAAUGAAAGCUCUUAAAAGAAAAUCUAAAAUUAAAAUAAUUUAGAAAGAAGCUUAAUACAAUUAGAUGAACCGUAAAAUUGUACAUUUUGCGGUUCUUCAUUUACGGAAUUUAAUACUCGGCAAUUUUUAUCUCAGUGCUAAGAUUCAAGACAUUUCAUCGGAGUUUGUUGUUUGAUAUUUCCAUUAGAUUGCCCUUAAUGCCAAUUCAAGUCACUCAAGAUUGAAAAAGGUAUUUUACUUACCACAAGCAAAUAGUUAUGA